GGCUCACAAGCCCGUCAGUUACUGCCAAGCGCAGUGAAGUUUUGCCGUUAGACUGCGUGAGGAGGGAGGGAGAGAAGAGUUCGGGGAACCGGGCCGCGCCUUUGGAGCCGGAUGGUUUUUUGGUACAAGAAGGAAAUUUUGAACAAGCAGAAAAACCUGAAGCUGAUGGACGUUGUAUGGGCCACAGGCAGGGAUGGUGGGCUAUGACCCCAGAGCAGACGGCAGGAAUGUCUCCAAUCUCGAGGUGGCCGUGGCUGGGUCUGUGUCUGGACUUGUCACUCGGGUGCUGAUCAGCCCCUUGGAUGUCAUCAAGAUCCGUUUCCAGCUUCAGAUUGAGCGCCUUUCUCGCAGUGACCCCAACGCGAAAUACCACGGGAUCCUGCAGGCUGGGAGACAGAUUUUGCAAGAGGAGGGCCCAACAGCAUUCUGGAAAGGACACAUCCCAGCCCAGCUUCUCUCCAUAGGCUAUGGAGCUGUCCAAUUUUUGUCGUUUGAAGUGCUCACCGAGCUGGUGCACAGGGCCAGCGUGCGCGACGCCCGAGACUUCUCCGUGCAUUUUGUGUGUGGCGGCCUGUCUGCCUGUGUGGCCACCCUCGCCGUACAUCCUGUGGACGUGCUACGCACCCGCUUUGCAGCGCAGGGUGAGCCCAGGGUCUAUAAAACCCUGCGAAACGCCGUGGUGACCAUGUACAGGACCGAAGGCCCCUUGGUCUUCUACAAAGGCUUGAACCCCACCUUGAUCGCCAUCUUCCCCUACGCUGGGUUCCAGUUCUCCUUCUACAGCUCCUUGAAGCACGCGUAUGAGUGGGCCAUGCCAGCCGAAGGAAAGAAAAACGGUGCUGUCAUUAGUCCCAACCUCGGAAAGAGCUGCUGCAGCUGGAUGGUCAUGGGGGAGCCCAGGAGAGAGGAGUAUAAAAUGCAGUCUUUUGAUGCAGCGACACAGCAGCUGCUGAAGACAGCCCUCAAAGAUCCAGGUGCCGUGGACUUGGAGAAAGUGGCCAAUGUGAUUGUGGACCAUUCUCUGCAGGACUGUGUAUUCAGCAAGGAAGCAGGACGCAUGUGCUACGCCAUCAUUCAGGCAGAGAGCAAGCAAGCAGGCCAGAGUGUCUUCCGCCGCGGACUCCUCAACCGGCUGCAGCAGGAGUACCAGGCUCGGGAGCAGCUUCGAGCCCGCUCCCUGCAAGGCUGGGUCUGCUACGUCACCUUUAUCUGCAACAUCUUUGACUACCUGAGGGUGAACAACAUGCCCAUGAUGGCCCUGGUGAACCCCGUCUACGACUGCCUCUUCCGGCUGGCCCAGCCCGACAGUCUGAGCAAGGAGGAGGAGGUGGACUGCCUGGUGCUGCAGCUGCACCGGGUCGGAGAGCAGCUGGAGAAGAUGAAUGGGCAGCGCAUGGAUGAGCUCUUUGUCCUGAUCCGGGAUGGCUUCCUGCUCCCAACCGGCCUCAGCUCCCUGGCCCAGCUGCUGCUGCUGGAGAUCAUCGAGUUCCGGGCAGCUGGCUGGAAGACGACCCCGGCCGCGCACAAGUAUUACUAUAGCGAGGUCUCUGACUAGGCCUCCAAAUCAGGCCUCCUCCUCAGCAGCACCGGCCUUUCUUCUACCCACCUCCCAACCUGGCAGUGGAGUCUUCGCCUCUCCCAGACUAUUUCCCUUCCAGACUUUCAAAAGCGUCCGAGAUGUUUCCCACGUAGGCGGUGGUCCCGCCCUGAGCACCUUCACUCCGAUUCCAGGAUUGGGGAAGACACCAAGCACACCUGCCCCACGGUCCCAUCAGCGUUUCUCUCCCCUCACCUUCAACCUGGGCCAGGCAAAGAAGGGCAACUCCUGACAAGCACUGCACUAUGUAACCUUUGGUACAAUAGCUAUCGUGGUGCCUCAGUUUCCCCAUCUAUAAAAUGAGUACCCAGAGCCAUUGGUGGGGGGAGAAGUAGAGUCACACCAGAAACUGCUUUUUACACAUUUUGUACAAGGACCACUUUGGAACCGAGCACGUUUCCUCCGGUUGGUUUUAAUGAAUGGCAAUACCACAUCACAUGCUACACCAGCUCAGGAUGAGAAUUUUCUAAUAAACUUUUCCUGAUACUAAAACUGCUUCCUUUCGUAUCACCCAAAGGUCCACCCCAAGCUGAAGGAAGAGAGGGGCUGGAUGAGCCCUAAGUUUCUUGGGGAAAAUCUAAGUUGAUAUGUCCCCUCUUUGCAAGGAGAUGGGGCAGGGAGAGUGAGUUCUAGCCCCCAGAGAAAGGACUAACAAGCAAUAAACAUGCUGCUGCAUCCUUCUUAAGAGGCCCGCCUGCCCCUGACAGGCAAGUAUACGCUUGACCCACAGGUAUUUUGCAACAUGGCGGUGGCGCAUGCCGCUUCUACAGCAGCGUGCUGGGCUCCUCCCGGCUCCUCCGCCCGCCCGUCACCACCAGCGGUAGUGGGCCAGCGCGCGGUUGGCCUCGGCCAUCUUGUGCAUGUCGUGCUUUCUCUUGAUCACAGGGCCCCGGUUGUGAAAAGCCUCCAGCAGCUCCUGGGACAGCUUCUCCGGCAUCAGCAUCCGCCGGUGCUUCUUCUCCCGACACUCAGUAAUCAUCCACUUCAUGGCCAGGAAGCGGCGACGCUGGUCGGCUAGCGGCACAGGGACCUGGGCAAGAUUGGACACGGGCAAGUUAGUCUAAGAACUUGCCAGGACUGCAGCCUCCCUCCUCCUAGAGCUCUUAAGAAGCAGCCACAGGUCUGCUCUGGGCCAGCCCUGGCAAGCCUGCUGAGGAGGGGGCCUGUCUUUUCCCCUCGGAGCCUCUCUCACCCCUGGCUGACCUCGGUGCAGCAGACAUCAGGCAUUCAUCGAGCAAACAGUCCUUGAGUACUGGCCUCUUUCACCUCUAAAGGGAGCUCAGCCAAGUUGAUAACAGGCACCACUGGGAAAAGCCCUGUCAGCUGGGCAUGACUUAGCCAACACAGAUCAUGCGUGCCUAGAAAGAAGACCCUCUUGUCCAAGAAUCAUUUGCCAGGCCCCCACUAUGUGCCAGGUACCAUGCCGACCCUAGGGACACAGACGUUAAUGAAAAUGUCUCUACCCUUAUGAAGUUUACAUUGAAAAAGGAAAGACACGAACACCGGAUUAUGACGAUGAAAUAUUAAAUGGCAUGAUAGAGACACCCAGUUCAGUUCAGCAAACGGUGAUGAAGCAUCACUCAAGCACUACACCAGACACUGGUGUAUAAACAUGAGAUACAAACACAGUCCCUCACCAUGAGAAGCUUAUAGUUUAGAACACAGAAUGCUGAACAGAAUGGGGGGUAGGGUGGGCCUUCAAAAGAGGUCACUUGGAUACGUUUUUUUUUGCUUUCUUCCAUCUUCUGCCUGUAAUCUUUACACUGUGGGACUCAGAUGAGCUGAUCCUGACUCUCCCCAGUCCUUAGAAAGCUAUCAACCUUGGCCCAACUCUACCCACUCCCAUCAUCUUGUUUCACACGUGACCAGCCGUGCUUUCCCACCCUGACCACUCACCUGAUAGAAAUGGCCACCCUUGAGGAUGGACACCAGCCCAAUCACAGGCUCACAGUUUUUCAGUGCUUGGUGGAAGAUGGUGUAAGGGUUGCGUUCAAUGGUUGCCUGUUCCUCAGCAGAAGCAGUGUGGUACUUCUCAAACUGUUUCCUUUUCACAGCUUCCAGAGUCUGCAAAGGGAUACAGUGGAAGAGGCUGCCCCAGGCUCCCUAAAAGUUUAACCCAGCUGAGCUAGGACCUUGCCCCUUACUCCCAUCAUUCUCUUCUUCUUCUGUAGCUGUACAGCUACUCCCUCAGCACUUCUGAAACAAAGAUCCUGGACUAGGACAGAAAAAGCAGGCUAAGAUUUGUCACAUAGGGGUAGGGAAUGGCAGUGGUUGACUCCUGCAGGACUUCCUGAAAGCCCCCAUUCCAUACAUAAGUACAUGAAAGUUAAUUUUAAUGAAGGUAUAGAAUGAAUUAUUUUUGAUGUUAAAAUUAAAGAGCCAAGUACAAAGCUAUGGGGAAAACAAAGAUGAGAAAGAGGUACUGGUUACCUGUGUCAUGAGGGAUCUGGCCAGUAUUUUGUUUCCUCCUUUCAUCAUCAUGUUGGUGAAUUUACUUCAAUGAGAAAAGCAACAUGUUUAGCGCGCCAGGACUGUAUCAGGGAACCCCUACUGCAGACCCUCCCUGGUGCGGUCCCACUCCGCAGAACAAAAAUUUGUUUCCUUCUAACCUGAUCACUGGGUCUUCAAACACAGAGCUUGUUCUCGUCGCAGGGGCAGCUUUGAUAACCUGAGUCUUCCUGAGCUCCCUCUCAUACUUUUCCUCUUCAGUCAGCGCGGCCAGGGGCUUGCGGAAAUAUCCCUUGUCAAUCUGGGGAUCCUGGUAUUCAGGACCAUAGCGGCUCCACCUCACCUGGGUUAGCCUGGGAGGCGGGGGGGGGAGAGGAAGAGAAGGGCAAAAGCUGACUCCACAAGUGAAAAGGCUUGACUUAACGACAGG